UAGGGCCGUACACACUCAAAACAAACCAACAGAAAGAUCUGAAAUGAAAUGCUAAUUUGUUGACAGUGUUCAUUCUUUCAAUGAUGCAGGUUAGACGACAGCCAUCUGCAAAAACCUCAACUUACAAGUCCGAGACUGCAUAUCUGCUCAUGUACAGAGCUAAUUCAGAAAGUCUGAGAGACGAUGCACAGCCAAAUCAGGAUGAAACCAGAAAGUUGAAUGAUUUGAAGCCAGACCAUGGCGAGAUUAAAAUAAGUGGAGGAGAAAGGGACACUGAUAAUGGAAAGAAGAGAAAAACAGGACAGAAUGAAGAAGAUGAUGUGCAGAUGAAAAGACGUGAGGCAUCAGGCCAUCAGGCUGGAGGAGAGAAGGAUGCUGCACCUGCUGCACAAAAGAGGGGACCACUGGAAAUGUCAAAUGAUUUGACUGUCAAGGCUAAGAAAUCAAAACUGACAGAUGAUGCAGCUGAACAGGAUAAAACAGCCACAGAGUGUCAGAGCCUCAGUGAAGAUACUCUGAAAGAACAACAGGGUGGAGAUACCCUGCAAGAACAACAGGGUGGAGAUACUCUGAAAGAACAACAGGGUGGAGAUACCCUGCAAGAACAACAGGGUGGAGAUACCCUGCAAGAACAACAGAUGAUAACAGAUGCUGCACCAAUGAGGGGACAAUCUGGCUCUAAAAAAAAAUCAUCAUGGAAGCGUUUCAAAGGUAAGAAGUCCAAAGUGCCAGAUGAUGCAGCUGAACAGGAUAAAACAGAUGCUGCACAAAAGAGGGGACAAUCUGGCUCUAAACAAAAAUCAUCAUGGAAGUGUUUCAGCUGUAUAAACUCCAGUGGGACAUAUGAUGCAGCUGAACAGUAUAAAAAAGUUGUAUAAAAAAGAGGCAGAAUGGACACCAUGUGGGGGAGGGACAGAUGGGAAAAGACUCAAAGAAAAUCUGUUCCCAGGAUGAAGGAGAAAAGAGGAAGGCACAAUGUGAAAAAAAGUUAAACACUGAGGUUUGAUGUGAGACAGAGCUUUUUGAUGGUUUGAUAAACACGCAAGUGAAAAUGGGCAACACAGUGGUGCAGUGGUUAGCACAAAAAAAAAUCAUACAUAUCCAAUCUUGUGUACAUACAUGUUGUAAACAGCAGAGAGGUUGUGGUGACUUUUGAUGUGUUGUGAUAGUGAUCAGAGAACAUUUUAUUUUGUUUGAUUCUGAUGAUUUUUUUUCCUUUUAAAGACACAUCAGCUCUGAUUUGAUGGAUUUAAAACAUGAACCAACUUUGUAAAAUUUUAAACAUGAAUCAUAUUUUGAUAACAAAGCUGUAUGUUGAACAUUUUCUUCUGUCAACCACAUUUAACCAGCGAAAUGUUGCAGCACUGAUCUAAAAGGAAAAACUAGAUUUCUAGAUACAUUGUAAAUGUGAAUAAAGACAAUAAAAUUUUUACAAUGCA